CAAGCUUCAAACAUUACAAUAUUCUCUCAUCUUUAGGCAUGGCGCAUCAUUUCGAGGCUGAUUCAAAAACCCUACUGCUACAUGAACAGCAAGAAAAAAAAAAAGAGGGAGAUUGUAUUGUAGACAUAACAGAAGAAAAACAAAAGCAAGAGCCUGGAGGGAAGUGCAUAUCCAGAGUGAACAGUGCACUGACCAAAACCAACGAGGAUGCUUAUAAACCAAAGCUGAUAUCUAUCGGCCCUUACCAUAUGAAAGAUCCUGGCUUGGAGAAUGGAGUGAAGCAAGAUUUUCAGAAAUCUGUUUUUAAAACGAUUGAUGGGUUUAAGGAAGAUAGUACUAAGAGAUUGACGGAAUUAAAGGACAAGGCACGCUCCUGGUACGCUGAAGAUACCCAACACAUGAAUGAUGCCGAGUUCGUGGACAUGUUGCUGCUCGAUGGUUGCUUCGUUCUUGAGUUCUUGGAAAAGCUCGACAAAGGCGAAGUGACAGAUGAUGUGUUCAUGAAAGUUAGCGGAAAAGUAUAUCAAACCUCGACUGACAUGCUAUUAUUCGAGAACCGGCUCCCAUUCUUCGUCCUCUUUGAACUCUACAAAUUGAAGAAGUGUGGUUGUACUAGUAGUGGUUCUGAUCAUCGUCCCGAAAAUGAUAAUGAAAAUGACGACAAUGCUGCUUUGCUGCUGCAAGAUCUGAUCGUGUUGGUGAAGAAAAGCUUCGGGACUCAAGUUCCCAAGUUAACUCCUCGAAACGUAGUUGCCCAUGAAUAUAAAGCACCUGAUGUUUUACCCAAGCAUUUGAUUCAAGUGGUUCAUAGUCUCUGCAUUCCUAGGAAUGCCAAAUGCCCCAGCAAUGUCUGCGAUUCCGGCGGAAUGAUAGAGCAAAUCAACACCGCGACGGAGCUCCAAGACAAUGGAAUUGGCUUCAUGAAGAUUGGCAACGUUUAUGAAGGAUACUUCGACGACAAGGAGGGGCCUAACUUCAACGCUAACGAUGGCACAACAAUGUUCGACCUAGAUUUCAACAAUGGGAUCCUGAAAAUCCCAAGUUUCAUGAUCCAAGACAACACGGAGACAUUCUUAAGAAACAUGAUUGCAUACGAGCAGCACUCCAGAGAUGCCCCCAUGUGUUUCACAGAUUUUGCGUGUUUCAUGGACGAACUCAUUGAAUCCACUACGGAUGUCAACUUGCUCCGCAGAAGAGGAAUCAUUAUCAACUGGCUGGCUACAGACGACAUGGUGACCAAGAUGUUCUACAAUCUGUGUCAAGAUGUCAUAGCCUAUAACACCUACUCUGAACUGAUCAAAAAGGUUAAUCGCCAUGGCAACAAGGCAUGGAAUAUAUGGUAUGGGAAAUUGAGACAUGAUUUAUUUUACAGCCCAUGGAAACUGAUUUCUACUGUUGUGGGGGGCCUGGUUGUCACACUUGGUACUGCUGUUACUUUGAAAAAUCUAUUUGGCUACUAGCUACGGGAACUCCCGCCCGCCCGCCUGCAGUUCGGUGUCAAUCGACACUCUGCCUUAUGCAUCAGAUAUAUUGUAUCCAAUGUAAAAUAAGACAUUGUGUGUUAAUGAGAUUUGCAAGUGUUUUUUUUUUGUACUA